GCACCUUCUCUCCGCUCCUCAUCAACGGACGGGCACGGUUUCUGGCGCCAGUUCUCCUGUUAGUCUGUCCCCGCCCCUGAGGUGGCCACGGACGCCCGGGGAUGUUUAGGGAGAGACCCAUCUUGUCGGGCCAGGCCCCUGGGAGAGUCUAAGGAAAAACCCGGGCGUCCUCGAGGCUCCGCCCUGGCCCUCAGCUGCCCCGCCCCCUUAGCGGGCCAAAAUAGAAAGGGAAAGCGGAAGUUGCCGGAAGGCGGGUGAGGUUGGCGGGAACCGCGGACCGCCGCGGGCGGAGGAGAGAGGAAGCGCGGGACCUGGGACCGCGGUUGAACUGGAUGCUGAUACCUGGAAAAAGCUGUUCUCUGUGCUCAUGAAACCAAACCUGAUCAGCCUGGCCCUGUUUUACUACACAGACAAUUCUUCUGUGGAAAAGUUUUAUCAAGACUGCCCACAUGAAGAUGAAAUCAUGAAGGAUUGUCAUUCCCACUGCUGCCUCUUGUGGAGAAUCUCCUCUGCACUCAAGAACACUCAACACCUGCAAGAUUUGGGCCUGAGCCCAAAUCAGGCUGAAGGAUUGUCAUCUCACUACUGCCUGUUGUAGGGAAUCUCUCCUCUGGAUUCAAGAACAGUCCACACGUGCAAGAUGUGGGCCUGAGUCAUAAUCCCCUAGGAGAUGAUGGAGUGGAGCUGCUCUGUGAGGCCUGGGACCCCAAUCCUGUAACCUAAAAUGCCUAAGGAAUGUUAGAGACUCAUGGAGAUCCAAGCACCUGGCCCAGCCCAGUGAUGCUGGGGCUGGAGCUGAGGCACACAAGGGCCUGAGGCACACAAGGGCCUGGUACAGAAACCAGGUCUCCUCUUCUCCUUUAUGUCCCAGAGCCAUUCUGCUUUCCCAGGGAAGAUGUCAGGGUGGAACAAUGGAAGCUCUAACAUGUCCUACACCAGCUUCCUCAUGGUGGGCUUCCCAGGGCUGCAGGAGUCCCGUGCCCUCCUUGUGCUGCUUUUCCUUGGCUUCUAUUUGGUGAUCAUCUCCAUCAAUGCCCUGGUCAUCCACACGGUGGUAACCCAGCAGAGCCUGCACCAGCCCAUGUACAUACUCAUCACCCUUCUCCUGGCUGUCAACAUCUGUGCUGCCACGACCGUGGUACCCGCCAUGCUGUUCAGCUUCUCCACCAGCUUCAACCGCAUUUCCUUGACCCACUGCCUGCUACAGAUGUUCUGCAUCUACUUCCUCAUUGUCUUUGACUGCAACAUCCUCCUGGUCAUGGCUCUGGACCGCUAUGUUGCUAUCUGCUAUCCACUCCGCUACCUCGAGAUAGUGACAAGCCGGCUGCUGGCUGUCCUCGUGGGGCUGGCAGCUGCCAGGAGCACAUGCAUUGUGGCUCCAGUGGUGGGGUUGGCCUCCCGGGUUCGCUUCUGCCGCUCAAAUGUGAUCCAUCACUUUGCAUGUGAGCACAUGGCCCUGAUGAAGCUCUCCUGUGGGGAUAUCUCCCUCAACAAGACUGUGGGACUCACCGUCCGCAUCUUCAACAGAGUCCUGGACAUGCUCCUACUUGGAACCUCCUACUCCUGCAUCAUCCAUGCUGCAUUCCAGAUUUCAUCAAGCCGAGCACGUUCCAAGGCCCUGAACACCUGUGGCUCCCAUCUGCUGGUCAUCUUCACAGUCUACUCCUCUACCAUGUCCUCAUCCAUCGUCUACCGUUUGGCCCACACUGCCUCCCAGGACGUACACAACCUGAUCAGUGCCUUCUACCUGCUGCUUCCAUGUCUGGCCAACCCCAUCAUCUAUGGGGCCAGGACCAAGGAAAUCAGGCAGCAUCUGGCAACUCUGUUCCAAAGGGCACGGCCACAGGACCACCGUGAGAAGCCUUUGUCCCUGCCCUCACAAAGGGAGCUUUCUGCCUGACUUAAGAAAUGGAAAUGUCCUAAUGCAGGUUGUGGAGGUGAAUGCUUAAAUAACUAUAAGACUAUACCGGGAACCACUGAUUGCUUACUU